CGCCUAUGUACUGUUUAUCGGACAAAGGUGGGUCGCGGAAUUUUUAUUUAUUUAUUAUUAUAUAAUAUAUAUAUAUUAUUAUUAAUAUAUAUUAUAAUAAUAACAAUUUAUUAUUAUUAAUAUAAUUAUUAUUAUUCGCCCAUGUACUAUUUAUCGGACAAAGGUGGGGCCGCAGACAUUUUUUAGAUUUUUUAAUUUAUUAUUAUAUAAUAUAUACUUUUUUCUUAAUAUAUAUUAUAAUAAUAAUAUUUUUUAUUAUUAAUAUAAUUAUUAUUAUUUGCCUAUGUACUGUUUAUCGGACAAAGGUGGGCCGUGAGUUGGUCAAUUUUGGGAAUCCCUGAUUGGGAUUGUACUAUAAUAAUAUUAAUAAUUCAUAAUAUUUAAUAAUAAUAAAUUAUUAUUAUUAUUAUCAUUAUUAUUAUUAUUAUUAAGUUAAGUGCUCUGAGAACGCAGCAUUUUGCCUAUGUACUGUUUAUAGGACAGUAUAUUAUAUAUAAUAAUAAUAUUAUUAUUAUAAAUUAAUUAAUAUUUUACAAUAAAAAUCAUUUAAAAAAUAAUAUUUGCGUGGUUUUCUCCGGAUACUCUGGUUUCCUCCCACAUUCCAAAAACAUGCUAGGUUAAUUAGCGACUCCAAAUUGUCCAUAGGUAUGAAUGUGAGUGUGAAUGGUUGUUUGUCUAUAUGUGCCCUGUGAUUGGUUCUACCCCGCCUCUCGCUUGACGACAGCUGGGAUAGGCUCCAGCACCCCCUGCGACCCUCGGAGGUAGAAAAUGAAUGAAUAUUUAUGAUCUAAUCCAAGCUAACGGUGACCUAAGACAUUUCCGCAGUACUUUGUAUACAUUUAUAUGUGUUUACUGAUACACAAAUAGUAUAAUUGUAUUUGCAAGAAUCUCAAUGAAUCUCUUCUGUGAUGCAUUCAUUCGUGUCCACAAAGGUCCUCCUGUCAUCGUUGCUCAAUGGUUUCCCGCCGCAUUAUGAAUAUGCAGAAUUAAGCAGAUUUUAUGCAGAAACAAAGCAUUUAUUUUCCCUACACGGGAAGAAACACAUGCACUGAAACCAACAGAAGGGCCAAAUCACUAUCAUAGCAAACCUAAAGUCUGUUCUCGUUCUGUGCGGAUUACAUUUCGGAAUGCGGAGCUAAUUCAGACAUUUUUUACGUGCUAAAUCUGCAUGCCCUCAUUUGUAAAUAGUGUUAAUAGAUGUGGCAAAAAGACAAAAAAAGGGGUGAAAUAAUCUGUUUGUCCUGUCCUGGUUUUUGCUUGUAGGCUUGGCUGUCUUCAUUAGAAUGCAUGUGCUUUGUCUUGACCAAAAACAUUGACUCCACCUCGUGAAGUAAAUGCUAAAUUAACUCACAAAUGGGGAGAAAGCUGAGCGUCAGCAGCCUGGACGGACGGACGGAGAUGUUUGUCCCGACUCCCGACAGAUGACACUGGAGAGAAAGAAAACAGAAAAAAAGCAAUGGCGUCCGCAAGGUCACUCGGACAAAGACGUCGGGGUUCACUUUUCCGGAGCAGUGAUGAGGAUUGUGAAAAAGUACGCAGUCAAGAAGACGGAUGCUCGGCUUUGACGGAUUUCGGCAGCAUGGUCCAAGAUCCGGAAGAUGGAAUAGGGGACGUUUGUGCCUUGGAGCAGGUCAAGACCAGCCUACCGCGUCCCAAGGUGAUGAGCGCCGAGGAGCGGCAGCGUCUGCGCGCCCUCUUCCACGUCUACGACGCGGACCAGUCGGGCAGCAUCGAGAGGAGCGAGUUCUUCACCAUCUGCACCGAGCUGCAGGUCAGCCCAUCCGAGGCCGAGCGUAUCUUCAACCAGCUGGACGUGGACAAGGACGGCACCAUCACCAUGGCGGAGUUCAUUAGCGGUUUCCACGACCGACACAACCGGAAGGACGAGGAGCAGCAGCAGACGCCGCAGGACGACGGGGAGCCGUGCACCGCCGCUUGGGAGGAUUUCGCGGCCAGGCUCGGAGAGCAGAGCAAAUUCAUCCCCAAGCAAGAACAAGCGGAGACGUUGUACCACAACAUCAGCGUAAACGAACCCAGGCUCAUACCACAGCUGGAGAAAGUCCUCAUCAGCUUCACCAAGGAGAUCAAGCAGCAAAACUCCGAGAUGGAGAACCUAGCGUUAGCCAUCAGGCGUGCUCAGGACCAAGCAUCCAUGCAGCUCAGUGAGAUGGAGGAGGAAAUGGACCAACGCAUUCAUGCAGCUGAAAGGAAGACACGAGAGCAGGAGAGGAGCCGAGCGGAGGCAGAGCUCAGCGAUGUGAGAAGAAGUUAUGAAACAGAAGUGUGUGAGCUCCAGUGUAAGAUCCAGAGGAUGCAAAUGAUCGAGGAGAAGUACAAAGACAUCACAGUGAAGGACGAGAGUCCGGCCCUGAAGAAGAAGAUCAACGAACUCACACUGGAGAACCAGCGGUUAAAACAGGAGCUGCUCAAAUCUCAGACCAAAGUGGCGUGUCUCCAGAGCGACAUGGACUCGCUCAAGAACGAGUUAACCGACCAAAGCAUCAACUCGGAAAGAGACGUGGAGCUCAUGAAGCAGUUCUCAGACGAGCGAGACAUCCUCGAGAGUCAGAUUGAGCUGCUGCAGACAGCCAACAGGAAACUCAACGACAGCAACGACGGCCUGAGAGCUGCACUGGAGCGUACCACUAAGUCCAAUACCAGCGGUUCAUUGAAUAACGCAAAGGACAGAAGCAGAAGUAAAAGCAUCUGUUACACAUCACCGUUCGCUAUGGACAGGUUCUGCCAGCGCCCGGAUGACUACGCUAUGUUCUUCCGCCGGCCUAGCGGCGACUCCCUGGCGUUAGCGCUGUGCGACCCGGGACUGCAGAGGCGAAACAGCAGCGAGUGCGAGGAGGACAGUCUGCCCGAGAUCUACAUGGACAGCGGGCUGUCCACGCUGCGAGGCUCGCACGGAGGUUACGACUCUGAGCAGGAAGUCAAGUGCCUGGAAGAGGAGGAAGAAGAGGAGGAGGAGGAGAAGAAAGUGGAGGUGGAGGAGAGGGUGAAGGAGAAACAAGAGGAGCGCAUCACUGACAGUCUGGUUGAAGAAACGUCUGACGCUGAGCCGCCAGAACCGCAGGAUGGCGAGUCAGCAUUCGGCUCAGACAGCAGCUCCGUUUUGGACUGGAAGCCAUCUGAAGCCGUCCCCGCACCCGUGGCCCUCUCCACACCCAUGGCCCCACACACACCUGUAGCCCCGCCCACACCUGUGGCCCCAUCCCCACCUGUGGCCUCACCCACCCGGAAAGCCAUCAGUGCCAUCAGCGUGAAGAGUGAGGACAAGAGCGACCUUGCCUACAUGGCCUCCGAGAAAACGUACAGGAUCGUCCUGGCUGGAGACGCCGCCGUGGGAAAGUCCAGUUUCUUGCUCCGUCUCUGCAAAAACGAAUUUAAGCUCAACUCCAACGCAACCCUGGGUGUUGAUUUCCAAAUGAAGACGCUUGUAGUGGACGGAGAGCCCACUCUGUUACAAAUUUGGGACACCGCCGGACAGGAGAGAUUUCGUAGCAUCGCCAAGUCUUAUUUCCGCCGAGCGCACGGGGUGCUGCUUCUGUAUGACGUCACAUGCGAGAAGACCUUCCUGAAUGUGAGGGAAUGGGUGGACAUGAUUGAGGACAUCUCUCAGGACGACAUUCCCAUCAUGCUGGUUGGUAACAAAUGUGACCUCAGACAAGGAGCAGCCAACUGUGUCCCCACCAGCUAUGGGGAGAAGCUAGCUAUGACGUACAACACUCUGUUCUGUGAAACCAGUGCCAAAGAUGGCUCCAACAUCCUGGAAGCUGUGCUGCAUCUUGCCAGGGAGGUGACAAAACACUCCACGUUUGACGAAAAGUGUCACUAUCGGUCACUGCCAGAUUUGGAUGCUCCCAGGAAAAAACCCAACUUUUCCUGCUGCAACUAAUCGACUCGUCAUGCCUGGGUUUUUAUUGUUUCCCCCGUGAGGAACAACGGGAGCUGAAAUAAGACAAAAUAAGAACAGCGGGACUUCAGCAAAAUGAACAAAGAUUUGCACAGGAGAGCGGAGAACUUGUCUUGCUUAUAUGUCCGAUCAUUUCUGGAACUUUGCGUAUUUGAAGAAAUGUUUAAGUACUCGUAAUGAGUUCAUUUUAUAAAAACCACACCAGGAGGUUGCCUACUGCCAUAGCUGUUCAUGUUGUUUUUAGACCCUCGGGGUUAUUUGCUUUUGUAGCCGACACCCAAUUCAAUGUAGGCGUUAAUAGGAGCGAAGGAUGUAAACAUGUUAAAGAAAAAAACAGCACUUUGAACUCUUUUUUGUGCAUUAUAAAGAUAUAAAAAUAGAUAAAAAAAAGACAGCUCAUUACUGCACAUAAUGGGACACACCCAUGCCACCUACAAAGACAGCAAUUAAAGCACCUUCAAAAACCUCUAAUAAGUUUUUAUGGUUUUAUAUACAUGCUGUAAACUUGUAGUAAUGGGUACUUUCAUGCUAAUAUGUAUUACAGUAUUUUGCCAUAUUUUGGUUCUUUUAAGUAUUAUCAGAGCGGUAGGAAAAAGUGUUUGAUUUCUUGAUUUAUUUGGAUGUUUGUGGCGGCACGGCGGUCAUGUGGUUAGCGUGCAGACCUCACAGCUAGGAGACCAGGGUUCAAUUCCACCCUCGGCUAUCUCUGUGUGGAGUUUGCAUGUUCUCCCAUGUGCAUGUGUGGGUUUUCUCCGGGUACUCCGGUUUCCUCCCACAUUCCAAAAAAAAAACAUGCUAGGUAUGAUAAAUGAGCUGCAUUGUGUUGUUUUGCGGAAAGAGCAAUAAUGGCUGUUUUGGUGUUUGAUUCCGGCCAAUAUUACUCCAAAAAUAUUGAAAUACAAGUUAUAUGUAGUAUUCCGCUCACCAGGCGUCAGUAAUGUUAGACUAAGAAUUACAUUCUUACAUUUCUAGACAUUAUUACUUUCACAAUGCAUGUGGUCAAGAUCCAGUCUCCUCCCAUUCUGUGUGGAAGUGGUACGUUUUCACCUUUGUGCUUUGUCCUUCUUCCGCCCCCUCGGUUUGCAACCCUUUCUUAAGUUUAGCAUAAAUUAAGUAGAAUCUAAUGAGUUAGCACGGUAGCAAGUUAUGCUAAAGUUAAAGCAGCGGCUGUCUCUUGUAUCCCUGCAGUGAUCCCAUAGCCCGAGCUUAAGAGUUGCGCAAAUAUAGUGUAUUCAAAGAAUAAUAAAAGUGGAAAGAUGACUAUAGGGGUGUUAUAUAAUGUCUACAGGGCUCUAAUAAAAUUUAAACAUAUUUAGAAAUUGGGCUGCACGGCGGACGAGUGGUUAGCGCACAGACUUCACCGCUAGGAGACCAGAGUUCAAUUCCACCCUCGGCCAUCUCUGUGUGGGAUAGGCUCCAGCACCCCCACGACCCUCGUGAGGAAAAAGCGGUAGAAAAUGAAUGAAUGAAUGAACAAAAAAACACUCCAAAACAUGCCAAAUAGUGUUCCGUUUACAUAACACUCAUAUAUUAAUCAAGCUACAGCAAUAUUUUUAUCAACAGCUAACUAAAGGACUAACAUGGUGCCUCGCUAAUGUAAAGAUGUGAAAAAAAAACCCAAAAAAACAAAAGAUGUUUUCAUAUAAUCUUCCUAUAAUUGUUGGUUGAAAGUAGAGCACUUUCGCUGAUUGGUGCUGUUGCACAGUGUUGCCACAGGGGGGCGUUGCGGCUCGGUUGUUGGGAAGGCCACACACAGCGGUGAAGAAGAAAUCAAUAAACUGCUGUGUUGGAGAGACGACCAACUGUUCCCACUCUUUCAUGUGUUUCAGGACUGGAGCACACGUCUUGUGCCCGAAGACACAGCCAUCCCAAGUAGAGCGGCCAUUGAUGUUGUUUGAGCGGGAUGCGGCGUCUUACCAGAAGUGACAGUCAGCCUCAGGUGAAGAUGUUAAAGAUGGAAAAAGCCUCAGUGACACACAUACGCUUACCCACAAUCCCCAGCAGCUGAUUAUCCUCCGUGUUGACAGGACAGAGUUGCGCUAUCGGCGUGGUGCAGCAGCCUCAGCUGUGUGUGUGUGUGUGUGUGUGUGUGUGUGUGUGUGCAGUACUGUAUGUUAAUGCUAGUGGUGCUCCAGCAGGCAGGUGUUUGCAGUUGAUACCUGCAGCUCCAGCCGGGCUGAUCACCUCAGCGUGGUAGCUCACCUUGGGAGGGAGACAGCACACAAAGCUCAUUAGCACACACACACACACACACACACACACAUAGACAGGUGCACAGCACAGUUGGCUACCUGCGGGAGUUUUGAGGAUACAAACAUGCUCGAAGAAAAAUAGACACACACAAAAAAAAGCAGAAAAGCACACAACUUUAACCCUUCCUUCCUGGGACUCACACACUGUGGAUAUAAAAAGUCAAAAAGUCUUAUAUAGAUGUAGUACAUAUAUGAUAUUCUCACUGAAAAAAAUAUUAAAGAAUUUUUUUUAUAGCCUAUAAUAUAUAUACAAUUUAAUGGGGUAAAAUAUGUAGAAUAAAUGGUAAUGGUAAUGGUUUACUUUCAUUUGAACAUGCAUCAGAUUACAAUUGAAUGCAUCACAUAAUCAGUUCCCAGUUCCACAUGUCCAAAAGGAGUAGGAAGAAGCAAAGCUUAUUAAAUCCUACCCCUCCAUCUGGUACUUUUACAAUCAGUAACUGUUACAUUUGUUCACUUCCUGCUUUCCUAAUAUAAUUUUUUAUAAUAAUAUUUUUAUUUAUGUUUGAUGUUAUUAUUUGUAUUUAUUUGUAUUUAUGUUUAAUUUUUUAAUUUAUUUUUAUUUAUUUUUAUGUAUUUAUUUUUAUUUUUGUCAGGUGAGAUCAGCUGAGGUGAUAUGACCAUACAAUGACAUAAUUGGUACCAUAGUACAUUUAAAAUACAUAGUACAUUUAUUACCAUAGUAACACUUUCCCCCUGAUUGUUAUUGUUUUUCUACCCAAAUAUUUGAAAUUCCUUGUGUAGUUUUUGUCAUUUUUCUUUCUUUAUUCCCAUAAUAUCAUUUUCCAAAAAUGAUGACUUCAUUAUAGUUUGUUCGUCAUGUUAUGACUUGUUAAAAAAAACAAAACAAUUUUCUUCAAUAUUUCAACUUAUUGCUAAGUUUUUUGGAGCUUAUCCCCCCCCCCCAGUUUUUUUUCCUCAUUAGAAUAUGACUUUUUUCUUAUAUUUUAUAUUUUUUCUUUUAUAUAUUUUAUAAAAUUAAAUAUUUUAUAUUAUAUCUUGACUCUGUUCUCGUAUAAUUAGAACAUUUUUUUUCUAUUUCUGCUCUUUUUUAUUUAAUCUAUUUCAACUUUUGUCUUGUAAAUUGUAUUCUAGGGAUUAUGACUUUAUUGCCAUAAUAUUUUGACUUUAUUCUUGUGAUAUUAGCAUUUUUAACACAGGCUAAUUAUCUCAAAAUUAAAGAUUUUUUUUCUUUUACUGUAAUGUUAUGACUUUAAAAACUUAACUUUGUUCUUUGCUUUUUUUUUUACCCAUUUUUUCUGUUUAUUUUUUUAUUUUGUAUAACUAAGUUAUUUUGUUUCUCAUAAUAUGACUUUACAAAGAUAAAAAUUUUCAAUUCAUUUUUCAAUUCUAUGCUUCUAAAAUGACAUUAUUUUUCCUGAUCAUACUUUUUUUAAAUUUCCAACUAGUUCACUUUUUUUUAAUUAUAACUAUAUAUAUAUAUAUUUUUAAUUCUUCUUCCCCAACCAAAGGUUACAAUUUUUGCUGUGAUUGCUUCUCAUCAUAUUACAACUAUUAAAAAACAACACUUUUUCUUAAUAUUGCCACUUUAUGCUUCUAUAAUAACACAUUUUUCUCCUCACAAUAUUUUGACUUUAUUUUUGUAAAACGACAGCAGAUUUUUAAUUUUUUUUUUAAAUAGUUUUGUUUUAAAUGUUCUUGUUUCUAGUCGAAGCAUGGUUGAUUUCUUUUUUUGUUAAAAUAUCAUUUAAAACAUGAGGCGUACAACUGUAAAGCUUUUAUAAUGGUGGCAGUUUGACCCCGUAACUGACUAUUUCCAUACAUUUCUUAUGUAGAAAUUGAAUCGAAGUCAAGAAGGCAUAAAAAACAGGAAGUGAUGCUGGCAGCUAUAUAAUUCCUUUUCAUUUGUCCGUUUAGCUUUAAUCCAUUUUUACACCACUUUUAAGUCUUAAAUUUAAACUGUAAAAGCAAUAGAAGAGCAUAAAAAAGACAGAAGUCCAAGUGCACCCACACAAGUAAGUCCACCAUUUUUUUUUUUUUUUGUGUGGUGCUGAAAUAAAUAGGAUUAGGGAUUUGGGAGAUUUAGAAGGGAAUAAUCCGUUAGUGUAUCGGAGAGAAGCAGCACAGAUGAUCAAAAGAGAAUGCUGUCAUUCAGGGCUGCCCCAUUCUCAUCUUCAAAUGACAUUGUCUCCAUUUUUUUUCUCCAAGGAUCAGCUUUCAUUUUUUUUUUUUUUUUGUCACCGCUGCUGCUGUAAUUGCCUCCUAAUCACCUCAUAUUUGUGUGUGUGUGUGUGUGUGGAGAAUUAAACAUUCACAGUAAUUAAUCAGAUUUACAGUUUACAUGAGAGAGAGAGAGCUAGUCUGUUUGUUGUGGGUGUUAGUAUUCAAUAGCGGAUUGGACUUGGUUAUUUAACACAUAUAAACACACACACACACUGGAUUUGAACAGCUGCUGUGUUUUUUGGUAUUAUCUACACGCGUCAUAUCCAAACCAUGACUGUAUACGCCAAUAAACACACAUAAUAAUAAGAAAAAAAACAUAUCUUGAUAAAUGAGCUGCAUUGUGUUAUGUUGCGGAAAGAGCAAUAAUGGCUGUUUUGGUGCUUGAUUAGAAAAACAGCACUUUUUUGUGCAUUAUAAAGAUAUAAAAAUAGAUAAAAAAAGACAGCUCAUUACUGCACGUGGGAUGGGAAUGGGACACACCCAUGCCACCUACAAAGAAAGCAAUUAAAGCACCUUCAAAAACCUUCAAAAAUGUAUAAAAACCACACACCAGGAGGUUGCCUACUGCCAUAGCUGUUCAUGUUGUUCAUGUUAGAUCCUCUGAAAAAAUAAAAAAAUAUUUAUGUAUAUAUUUUUUUAUUUUUUUAUUUAUUUCCAUUUAUAUUUAUUUUUAUACUUUUAUUUUUAUACUUUUAUUUUUAUACUUUUAUUUAUUUAUUUAUUUUUUAUUUUGGCAGUUUUGGUCCUCCAUACCACCGGGGGUGCAAAUAACUAUUAUUUUUUUAAUAAAAAAAUAUAUACAUAAAUAUUUUUUAAUAAAAAUAUAUAUACAUAAAUAUUUUUUUAUUUUUGUUUUUAUUUCCAUUUAUAUUUAUUUUUUUGUAUUUAAUUUUUUGAUUUUUUUUUUUCAUUUUUGUUUUUAUUUUCACUUGUAUUUAUUUAUUAUUUUGGCAGUUUUGGUCCUCAAAAUGCAGAAGGAAAAACUAUUCAAAUGAGGGGGCGGUCCUAAGUGUGUCUUGGGUUGAACUGUUCGCCUAUUGGUUGAUCGACAUGUGAGUGCGAAAAUCGACUAGGUAUGCCUGCAAACAGCCACAGCAAGAGGAAGUCACCACACCACUCUCAAUGGCGGUAAAUAUGGCUGCAAUCUCCAGGGAUCUCCGUUUGCUAGAAGAUAUUGUCCCGGUAAAUGUAUACAU